AAUACGCAUUACACAAACAUUGUUAAUAAGCAACCGCAUUAGCAUUUAACUGAUAAACAAAUGUGCGCAAAAUGAAAGUAACAAUCAAGUCAUGGACGGGCGUUGCAUCUUGGCGUUGGAUAGCGAAUGAUGAGAAUUGUGGCAUUUGUCGCAUGUCCUUUGAGAGCACUUGCCCCGAGUGUGCGCUGCCCGGUGACGACUGCCCACUGGUGUGGGGUGUUUGCUCCCAUUGCUUUCACAUGCAUUGCAUUGUCAAGUGGCUGAACUUGCAACCGUUGAACAAACAGUGUCCAAUGUGCCGCCAAAGCUGGAAAUUCAAUAUACACUAAAAAAAUCAAACUAAGCCCGAAACACGAAAAGCAAAGUAAAGAAAG